CCAAUUUCACCCCUUAAAAUCCCCCACGGGAGCACGAGUGUUCCGGAUUACCGUCGGGUCAUUCUUACCUGCAAAAAUUAAAAAUUGACGACAGACUCCACGAUGGUCUUGAAGUGUUGUGACUAAGAUUUCGCAGUCUCCAGUGAAUCCAGUGAAAGCGCGGUUGUGAUUAUGAAAUUAUGAAGAACCGAAUUAAUAUAGUUAUAAGAGUUCUCUGUGAUAUAAUAGUAUACCUGGCAACUGUUCUUCUUGUCACCGCUGCGUUGUCGGUCAGCGUGAACGUCGAUGAAGUGACGACCUUUUAAAAGAUUUUUGAAAGCAAGUAAAAACUAGUUAAGUUUUGGACCUACACUGCCGAAUAACAUUUCACAUGGAUAAAAGUGAGAACGGUAAAUGAGAUAUUGUUUAAUAAAAGAGACAAUGCAGAAGCCCAAGACUAUAUGAGUGCCCUAUACCUACCUAGUAGUAUACAUUGCAACCGCCUGUUGGGGAUUUUCUUUCAAUACAAAUUUCCGAGGAGCAUCCAACUAUUUAUAAUUGCUGUGUAUUCUUAAGCUCCCAGUAUCAAAACAGUUUAGAACUAAAAUCAGUAACAAAUUAGGGCAUCCUUCCAUUAAGGGCUAAGAUUGCAACACUUAUUACACACAAGAAAGCCAUUGUUAAACAGAAGAAAGUUAUGAUAAAAUGGAAAAAUUCAGGAAAGAAGCCUAAGAGGAGAGAUGCCAUUUUCUGUUCUUGACCUGGGUGCAGACAGAAUACCUGCUUCCCAAUUACAGGAUUGUCAACUCAAGUUUUCUAUUCAAGAUGUCAAGAAGAAUAAAAUUCUCAAGAAUAUAUCUGAUUCACUUAAAGUUAUUUUUGAAGAUGGCACAGUAUUAUUACCAAUGGAUGCAACCACCACUGCCUCAAAUGAAGGCAAUGGUAUUUCAUACUUUGAAAAUGAUGAUUUUAUUAAUUUUUAUGGUAUUAAACUCUGUAAAACACAGGACUCAGAUAUCAGAUUUUUACAAGAGCUUAUUUCUUCUUCAAACAUCCACUGUUUUGAUUCACAUCAAAACAUCCAAAAAUCUGUGUUAUCAUGUAAGAAUGUUUAUUCCCAGCCACCUGUUCAAAGUUUGGAAAUUGGAGAAGCAUCAAAGAAUAUGUUGAAGGAGCAUUUAGCAUUUCAAGAGGAUCAUACCAAGUGUUACAGAAACAUGGGUCAAAGUAAGAUGCAGAACACUGAAGAGAAUGAGUCAAAAGCUGUCUUCAAAGAUCAGUUGAAUGAAAACAGUCUCGAGUUUUUGGAUGUGUCUAGUGAGUAUUUGGUGAGAAAAUAUAAUGAAUUUCACUUAAAAGAUCAAGUGCAGUUUAAUCAUUAUGAUUGUCACUCAUCAUUUACUGAGAGGAAUAAUGAAUUUCAACCUCUAUCUGUAUCAGAAGAAAUUGAUGACCCAAAGGCUGUAUUAAAUAUAGUAGGAAAGAAUAAUGACUCGGUUCCCUUACUUACAUCAGAUGGGAAUAAUGUCAGAGAACCAUUACCCAUUUUCGAACAAAAUAACAAUGUGAUACCAAAUGGAAGUAAAGAAUUAAGACUUUUGCCUGUGUCAAAACUGAAUAAUGACUCAAGCUUCAUAUCAAUGCCUCAAGGUAAUAAUGAUUCUAGGUCCUUAUUCUUAUCAGGAAUAAACUCCAAGCUUUUAUCCAUGUCAGAAGGAAAUGGCAACUCAGAGCAUGUUGAAGUAAAUAAUAACUUGAAGACAAUGACAACUAGUUGUGUUAAUAAUUCAGAGCAUACAUCUAGUUCAAUGAAAAAUAUAAUGCAGACAAGGCAUGAUACACCUGAUGCCAAAUACAUUAAGGAAGAGGAUGACAUUACUUCUAUACCAUCUUCAGAGAAAAGUGAACAAGAUUUAUCUUCUGUGCCUGUUAGUGGUCUGUGCUGUGAUGCAUCUCCACACUGUUCUUGUGCUCGAAGGACCUUUUUUAUUGGGAAUGAACAGCACCAGGCAUCAGAUGACAUUCAAGAACCUCCUCAUCAUGCUCAACUUCCAGAGUUGAAAAGAAUGGAGUCAAAUACAUCUUGGGAGAAAGUUGUGGAGGGUUCUACUAACUCGGAUGCAGAUGUAUUUUCAAAUCCAGUAAAGUUCUCACCUGAGGUACAGACCAGUAGUGUAUUCGCUACGUUUAAAAAUAGCAUGGAGGAUGUAAAUGAGAAUCUUGUACCAUUUUUAUUUCAAACUGACGACAAAAGUGAUUUUAAGAUUCAGAAGGAUAAUAAUCGACAAACUGAUGUUGAUCUUCGUGCUAAGAAUUUUGAUUUACGAGACCUUAUUAGACAGAGGAUGAGUGAUAAUGAUAAGGAAGGGAAAACAACUCAAUUGAAAGUAAAAUCAUCUAAUGAAAUAAAAGAGGACAAGUUUAUCCCAGUGAGAGACUGUUAUGACUAUGAUAUUACACAUGGGCAGGUCAGUCAUAGUAAUUGGAAUGCACUUCAAAGAGAACCUUAUGUAAGAGAUAAUCUGUAUGAGGGUCUUGGCUCAUUUGCUGUUGAUGAGGCUCCAACCUGUGAAAAAGACAAGAGUCUUUGGUCUAAGGGGGAAGUGUAUGGUUCUUCAAGCACUGAUGUCAAGUGGAGUAUAGGUAAUGUUGCAGAAAAAGAACAUCAUCGUGAGAAGAAAGAAUGGAAUGAAUUUGAGGGAGACCAUCUCACUGAAGCAUUGUCUCCAGAGAUUCCUUUAGUGUGUCCUGUGGCAUCUGGGUCCAGUAAAACAGAUGUUAAAGUGAUGAUGUCAUCUGUGGAACAUGGCACAGCUAGCAUUCAUAGAGAUUCAUACACUGAAGUAGACAGAUUUAAUGGUAGUGAGGACUUCAUAAUUACGGACGAGGUAGAUGGUACAUCCUAUGAAGAUGACAAGAUAUCCAUUGCAUGCUCUGGUAAUCUCAAAGUUGCCGAGCUAGAAUAUGUGGAUGAAAAUCUGAGGGAGCCUGUCAAGUCAUACAUGCAACCUUUUGAGAGUAGCAACCCAUUGGAAAAUAGAGAUAAUGAGGAUCCAAAGUGGGACUACUUAAGGCAGUUGGAGACAGAUGAUGCACGCUAUCAGUUUUCAAGAAGUAGAUGGAAGUCAUUAGUGGUUCCAGAUCCUAACAAGAAUUGUAAUGUGUUUUCCUACUUAUAUCAUAAAAAAGCACAGACUGGAGUCAGAAAAACAGAAAGAAAGAGAAAAUUAGGCACUAAAGAACAAGCUGAAGGUAGACCUUCAAAUAAACGUGUUUGUCGGCUGAAUCUUGGUUUUAGUGACCGAAUAUUUGACAGUAGCAUGGCAUCUGUAAGAAAUGAAUAUGCCAAACAUUGUAAAAGGAAUAUGUACAUGAAAAGGAAGCUUGAAGAAAAAUUGCACAUGUUGAAAAUUGCUAAAGCAGAGGUUAGUGUAAUCAACAAAUUUUAUAUGGGACUGCCAGACCAAGAUCUCUCGGUAUCACAGAAUGUUGUGGAACAAGAGCAAAUUGAUAGCAAAAAGUUGUUUGAGAAGUUCAAGAACAUAUAUAAAUGGAAUGGCCGUUUGUUUGUGCCUUGAUGUCUUGUUAACUCCAUGUAUGAAUUUCUACAAGUGUGGGUUUGCUACUUUCCUCGGAAGGGUUUUCUGUAUAUAUUGACAAGAAUAACCGUCAUGUGUUUGUAGGUGAAAUAUUUCCAUUGAGUUUGAAAAAAAUGGUAAGUGUUGAAGCUGCUGAACAUUUGUCCGGUUAUUACACCAAAUUCUUCCCUACAUCUGUUCACUCACAUAGACUAGAAAGAAUAGUCAGCUCAGACCUUUGUAGGUUUACAAAUACAGUCAGAUGCAACUGUUUUGAAAUUAGCAAAAGCGAGGAGUGAAUGUAAGUUCUCCUUUUGGAGAAUUAAUAAAAUCCAUAGUCAUGAGUGGUACUGCCCCUUUCAUAACAAUUCCAUGUUCUUGUUUUUCAGGUAAAUGGAAAAUAUCUGUGAUAUGCCAUGUGCAUAUUUAUUACCUAUGGUUGAUAUGCAGGCAAGAUAAGAGAGCUAAUUUAACUUGGUCUGGAUUUCAAAUUUUCAUUACAGUAGAUCUUUCUGCAUUAAAGAAAAAUCUUUGUUGCUGUUGGAAAGUUUGGAUUUUUAUGUUGAUGGGAUGUUUUAACAUGAGUACUAUAUUACUUCAGUGUACUUUAUGUACUGUAUCUUUAUUCUUUUGUUAAAGUUUAUUCAAGCAUUUCAGUGAUAUGGGCAAUAUAGGUUGCAUGGUAAGGAUGGCAGGUAGUUGAAACUUAAAGGUAAUCCUAAAUAUGAUUUUAGCACUAAAGUUGUUUCUAAAUGUUAGGAUUUAUUAUUUGCAGCAGUGUGGAAUAUUUUAAUCCACUUGUGUGUAAUUUGGCUAUGGAGGAUAGGAUAUUGUUGUAUUUGUGGAGAUUUUUAUACAUAUUCUUAGUAUAGUUUUGAAUUUUAUUGAUUUUAUAAAGCAAAGUAGUAGCCAAGGUUGGGAUGUUACUUAGUCUAACUUAAUCAUAAAAAAAUCAACCUAGUGAUGCUGUAGGUUUUUGUUGGUUUUAUUUUCUUUUUUCGAUAUAUUAUUCUCCGAUCAGUCAGUGUUAACUGUGAUUUAUUUACUUGUAGUUUUAAGAUUCCAAAAGGAGUUUAUGUACUGAUUGAGUAGAAGCGGAAGGUAUAAAAUAGCCAAGGUUACGCAAUUAUUUUGAAGGUUCAGGGACUAUACAUCAGGACUCAAGUGCCCAUUAGAUUACUGUUUCAAUGAUAUUUAACAUUAACCUCAGGAUUUUGCAAUGUGCCCCCCCCCCCCCCCCCCGCCCCC